AUGUCGGUAGCCCCAGAUCAGACGUUACCGGAGUUCAACUCCUCCAUGGCCCGGGGCGGUGACCCCGUGGAAACCAACGUGAACCUCCCAUACACAGGUCUCGAGUUCCAUUAUGUCUUCCAAGUCAUUAUGGGAUGCCUCGUCUUCCUCAUCAUCCCCGGCAUCGGCAUGCUCUACGGUGGCAUGUGCCAGCGCAAGAGUGCCCUCUCUAUGAUCUUCCAGUCUCUCACCGUCGUGUCGGUCAUCACCUUCCAAUGGAUCUUUUGGGGGUAUACCCUCGCGUUUUCGCGCACCGGCAGUUCCUUCAUUGGCGAUUUCUCUGAGUUCGGCAUGAAGAAUGUCAUGGCCGCUCCUUCGUGGGGUUCCGCUCUGAUCCCCGAAAUCGUCUUCUGCUUCUACGAACUUAUGUUCUGCGCCUGUGCGGUCAUGAUCGUAGUUGGCGGCGCCUUCGAGCGUGGACGUAUCAUCCCUUCCAUCAUCUUCGGCUUCUGCUGGGCGACCGUCUGCUAUUGCCCCAUCGCGUACUGGACCUGGAACGCAAACGGCUGGCUCUUUACCUUUGGUGCCCUGGACUUCGCUGGUGGUGGCCCAGUUCACAUGUCUUCGGGCGCCGCAGGUCUCGCGUAUGCCCUCGUCCUCGGCAAGCGCAGCAAAGCUGGCGAGAAACACCUCAAUAAGCCACACAACGUUACCAUUACCUUUCUUGGGACGUGUCUCAUCUGGUUCGGCUGGUUUGGUUUCAACGGUGGAAGCGCCAUCAAUGCCUCCCUGCGCUCCAUGGCCGCCAUCUUCAACACCCAAGUCGCCGCUUCUACCGGUUGCAUCAGCUACAGUCUCAUCGGCUACUUCAAGAACAACCGCAAGUUCAGCGUCAUCGUUGCCUGUGAGGGUAUUAUUGCCGGCCUCGUUGGCAUCACUCCCGCUGCUGGUUUCGUCACGGUUUGGUACGCCGCCGCGAUCGGCGUGCUCACCGCCGGCGCCUGCAGCUCGCUGGAUGGCAUGCAUAACUGGCUCGGCAUCGACGACGGCCUCGAGGUAUUCAAGCUCCACGGCAUCGGAGGCGCAUGCGGGGCUUUCCUGACAGGAAUCUUCGCCACCUCCUCCAUCUCCGCCCUCGACGGCAUCCCCACUCUCGCAUCUGGCGCCGUGGACGGCAAUGGCGUGCAGGUUGCCAAACAGCUCGCCGAGAUCGCCGCCAUCCUCAGCUACAGCUUCGUGUGCUCGGUCAUCAUGCUCAUGGGGCUCAAGCACACGCCCUUCCUGGGCUUGCGUGUCAGCGAUGAGGUGGAGGAAUUGGGCGUGGAUUUGGACCAGUUCCAUGACGAGCUGAUUGGCGAAUGGUCCAACUUCACCGUCGAAGAGAAUGGCAUCACUCAUGGCGUCACGGCGAAGGAGGCUCGAGCGAGCAUCUCGAUGGAACAUAGGGCGGGAGGCAGUGGGGGGACCGUGACGCCGCCCGAGAAAGGAGAUGUGAGUGUCGUGGGGGGUUAA